GUCUGUGUUCACAUCAGCGGGUUAUUCAGGCAUGGUUUAUUGUUGUGACGGAGAGGAGGAUUACAGUACUCCCUCCUUUUCGUUCAGCUGGUCAGUAGAAAAAAGCAAUGUUAAGCAGAACAAAACAUCAGUGGAAGAGAGAAUGUACUGUGUCGGAUUGUACUGCUGUAACUGGUGUAAACAGACCUGAGAGGCAACGGGAGCAUAGCGGGGCGCUUAUCCACUGCAUGUUUAUUUAUGUACAAUGAGCUCUUAUUGCCCUAUAGACUCAUUCAUUUACUGUUAUUAAUAGGAAAUUAGACUUAUGGGUCUGUAAUAGUUUGCUACUUGCAGUUUUGCAUUUUCAACAUUGCCAGCUUGUGAAUGCUGGUGAUCAACAGCACUCGGGUCACCUCAAGUUAACUUGGAUUUGACUCUGAAGUCAACAUGAAGUUCGCUCACGUUUUACUGAAGAACACUACAAGGUUAAACAUACCGAAACAAGUGGACAGGUUUUCUAAAUUCUCUCCUUCACCGCUUUCAAUGAAGCAGUUUAUAGACUUUGGUUCUGCCAAUGCCUGUGAAAAGACCUCCUUUAUAUUUCUUCGUCAGGAGCUUCCUGUCAGACUGGCCAACAUUAUGAAGGAGAUAGACUUGCUCCCUGACAAGCUCAUUGGCACGCCUUCCGUGCAACUCCUGCACAGCUGGUAUGCACAGAGUCUAAUAGAGAUUGUGGACUUUUUGGAAAGAGAUCCUGAUGACAAAAAGGUCUGGUCAAAGUUUACAGAGACCCUGAUCAAUGUGAGGAACAGGCACAAUAAUGUGGUACCCACAAUGGCUCAGGGGUUGCUGGAGUACAAGGAGGCUUUUGGCGUGGAUCCAGUGACCAAUCAGAACAUCCAGUACUUCUUGGACCGCUUCUACAUGAGCCGCAUCUCGACCCGCAUGCUCAUGAACCAGCAUACACUUAUCUUCAGUGGCACUACAAACCCUGCCCACCCGAAGCAUAUUGGCAGUAUCGAUCCAAACUGUGAUGUCACUGAGGUAGUAAGAGAUGCAUAUGAUACCUCAAGGAUGUUGUGUGAGCAGUAUUACCUGACCUCUCCAGAAGUGGAAAUCGAGUCAGUAAACUCUAAAGAACCCAGUCAGCCUGUUACUAUUGUCUAUGUGCCCUCUCAUCUUUAUCACAUGCUGUUUGAGCUAUUUAAGAAUUCAAUGAGAGCUACUGUGGAAACCCAUGAAGACAGCACUCAUCUUCCACCCAUUAAAGUUAGGAUUUCUCUGGGUUCAGAAGACCUGACCAUAAAGAUGUCAGACAGAGGAGGAGGUGUACCCCUUAGGAAAAUUGAGCGUCUCUUCAGUUAUAUGUAUUCCACAGCACCAAGCCCAAUAAUGGACACUGCCCGCAAUGCCCCUCUGGCUGGCUUUGGUUAUGGGCUUCCCAUUUCACGCCUCUACGCCAGGUACUUCCAGGGAGACCUGCAGCUCUAUUCCAUGGAGGGAUAUGGCACAUCAGCUGUCAUUUAUUUUAAGGCAUUAUCUUCUGAAUCAGUGGAAAGACUGCCAGUUUUUAACCGAUCGGCUUUAAGGCAUUACCAGACAAGCAUGGAGGCAGACGACUGGAGCAAUCCGAGCAGUGACCCCAAGAAACUGGGAAAAUAUGAUUAUAGUGAUUCAGAGGUGAGAAGUGAAGGCAGGCUCAAAUGAUGGAAUAAAAGAAUACUAAAGAACUGAGAGCCAACAGAUAUCAAAUAAUCUUAAGCUGGUUGUUUCUCAUUAUUACAGUGUUCAAAAGGGCAUUUGGUUUUAAGCCUUACUGUAUGACCAUGUAUUUUAUUUUCAGUACAUAAGCUUAGUUCUCUUUGAAUUAUUGGCUUAACUCAAUGAAGUGUUUAGAUUGCUAUUAGGAGUUCUUCUCUGUUUGUCUUGGAAUUGUAUUCAAAUAGGAUAAUAGUCAGAAUUAGGACUGAUAAAAGAUAAAAUUUGAUUUGUGUUUCUUCCAAAGCAUCUGCUGAGCUUGAAUUCUCAGUGAGAGGAUUUUUCUAAACUUAAGCAUGUGUCCCCAAGACCCCUUAAAAACAAAAGUCCAAGCAGGGGAAAGGUAAUACAUUUUAGUGAUAUUUAAAAUAUGUUUAGCUGCUAGCAGAGGUUCUCAAUGACAUAAUCAGAAGGAGGUCAAGAACCAGUACACAUCAGAAUAAAUCAAAUAUGGGAUUGAUUUUAAUAUUAUUUUAUUUUUUUCUUUUAAUUAAUAAAAAGAGUAUGGCUAUAAUAAUAGCUCAUGCAAAAGCUA